UUGUCUGUGAAGAAUAAAUGGAUAAUUAUUUUUAAGAUAUUGGCUUUCAAUGUUGAAGUGGCUUUGGUACGUGAUCAAAUCUUUCGUAAUUCCGGAACAACACGAAUCGCACGUUUGCAGUUUUGGAAAGAUGCUAUUGAUUCUAUAUAUGGAGAUGGAAUCAUCCCACGGCAACCGGUUGCUGCUGCUUUAAAUUGUUUUGCCAAAUCAGCUAAUGUUAAUCUGUUGAGACUAUUAAUUACCGCUAGGCAGCGUACUCUUGGCGAUAGACCUUUUGAUUCCAUCGAAGCGGUGAGCAAAUAUGGUGUUUAUACCUAUGGUUCUGUUAUAAAAUUAAUAAUGGAAAUACUUUCGGACUAUCUUGCUGGUGUAAAUGAAAUAGAAGCUGCUGCUAAGGCAGCGAAUUCAAUGGGAGAGGCUAUGGCAAUGAUCAAUUUGCUAAGAACAAUUGCACCACUAAUAUCCCGAGGCAUUGUUUUGUUACCAGCAGAUUUAUUGAAAACUUAUAAUUUAACUGCUGAGCAGAUUUGUUUUCAGCAAGCUUCUGCUCUCCCUUCUUUGGCCAAAGAUUUAUGUUUUUCUGCUGAAACAUUUAUUAAAAAAUCCCGUUUGUGUAUCAAGGAACUUACUCCUGCUUUGAGACUUGCUUUAAUGGCUAAUGGAGUUACCGUUGAUUAUGUUUUAAGAAUUUCGCAGCGCUGCAAUUAUAAUAUUUUUGACCGACGACUUCAGAUGUCUUGUAGUUUUUUACCUUGGCGAUUGUGGUGGCGGCGCUUUUCACAAAUCUAUUGA